GAAACAGAAAUUCGAAGAGCGGGAAAUGUUUGAAAGCCAAAAAACUGCAAAAUAAUUUUGCUUAUGGGAUUGAUUUCAAAAUAUCCCGCUACUCGCUUAAGAUGAGAAAAGCAGCUCUAUCCGCAGCACCCAGGUUGAUUUUGAAUCAGUCAUGGCGAAAACAUCACAGCAGAAAGCAACCGCUUUUAUUGUGGUUUGGCUUGUCUUACAAGUCCAGAAUAUCUUGUGUAGUACCGAUAAGGAAUAUGAAAUUCCAAGCAUCAAAGCAAACUGGUUUAAGGCGAACGAGUUCUGUAGCUCGAUCGGCAAGCAAUUGGUGACGAUCACUAGUCGUGAUGAGAAUGACGCAGUGGCGCAGUUUGUCCAGAGUACGGACAAGUUCAGUGAUGUGUCAUCAAUCUUCUGGCUCGGUGGAAGUGAUCUGGCGGAAGAAGGUACCUUUAGCUGGAUGCCGAACGGACGAUUGGUGAGGUACGCCAACUGGUCUCCGGGAGAACCGAACAACUACGAUGACACGGAACACUGCAUGCAGUUGGUUUACAUACCCCGAUUGGAGCAGAGAUGGACCUGGAAUGAUAACGAUUGCAGGGCCAAACACAUGUAUUUCAUCUGUGAGAGUAAGCUGGGCGGUUGUAUAGAACAGCUCAAGAGAUAGUAAACAGAAAUUCCAAUGGGAGGUUAAAUUUGUAAACGAAAGUAUGAUCUACGCGUAGACUAGAAAAAUAAAUUUGUUCACAAGUUUCGUCGCCUUUAUUGGAUUAAUGAAAUCUAUUUUGAUUGGAACCGCACAUUUGAAGAUAGUAACUUAAAGAGCGCACAUACUUUUCAAGUAUGAACUUCACUAAGUU